CCUACGCGCAAUGCUGACCGCGGGUUUCGUACACCUUUCCAUUGUCGAUGGAAAAUGAAUCAUUGGGAUCCUCUCGCCCUCGCUUAUGGCUGCUCUCAGCAUCCUGUUCCUGUCACCUUCUGCUGACUUCCAUGAGCACCCAUCGUUCUCGUGCCUUUCCUCCCGCACUCCUCUCAUCUCUUCUCCUCCCACCCAAUCACUUCCCGCACGCCACACCCGAACUGGCUGUAUUACCAUCUCUGGUCAUCGGUUUCAUCGGCGGCGGCUCUAACCCGAUACAGAAAAUAUCUCUGGCUCUCCCAGGACAGCCAACGGUUCUAUGGAGUCACUGGUUGAAUAAUCCUGCAACCUGAAACGCCCAAGCCAGGCAGGUGGCCUACCUAGGCGACCAGGAUACUCUCCUACCCGUAGUCGGGUCUCCCACACCGGGCCGAAGUCGACCACCGACCCAACUUUGUCACCGCUGGGUAGGUCUACGGAGUAUUCGUCCACUCGCCGAAGAAAUGCCCUAGAAAAGUUUGUUCUCAUAUCUUCCUCUUCGUCGAAUCAAGGCCUCGAUCCACAUCGUCGCUGCUGCAACAACGCUUCUGAAAAAGCUUCAAGCUUUGGUUCAGCGAAUACUCCACCUCUUCAGUAAUGGAAAUGGCGACUUUUUUCUUUUCGGCCGACUCUUCUGUCCGAGGCUCCGAGCCUUGUAUGGGUUUCGGUGCCGUGCAACCCGCUAGCUCCUCCCUUGGCAAUGGUUGGCAGACCGAUUUGUCUUCUACCCAGUGCCUUUGGAGCGUAUUAUUCUCUACCUGGACGUCUAGGCGUCAAUCAAUGCAUGAAACACCUUUGGGCACCCCGCGCCCUUUCCUUUUGUCCAUACCACUGCAUUUCCCGCACGUUAUCGUACCACCGACACUUGCAUUGGCCGUCGCUGCAAGUGGUCACAAGGACACCAUCUCGUCGAUCCCGCACUGGCUCCCGCUUCGGCGCUACGGCUGACCGCCCUGCACAAUAUUUUAUGCACAUCAUGGAUCGAUGAUCUUGUCACUUCUCUUCACCAAAAUCCUUGGGAACCGAACUGCGGUCAAAGAGGGAAUCCUUUGCUGGUGCACAACAUGCUGAUGAUUAAUUGGUAUGAGUUCUAGUCUGUAUAUAGCUUAGCGUGUCGAAGCACAUUGUCAAAUGGAUGGAAAUAUGUCCAUUUCUGCGCCAUGGAUACGCCCUGUUCUCAAAGCAAUAUUUAUAUCGAAUCGUAGGAGGUGUCUCGCGACGUAUCACGAGCUUUAUGUGUAUCUGACACGGCGGGGGACGUAUUCGUCUGAUAUGCCGCGCACCAUCCUCUGAAUGUACGAG